AGUCACCCCGCCCCCUCUUCCUGUGGGGCGGGGAGUUCGGGGGGAGGGGCGUCAAGAUGGCGGCGGGGAGGUAGGCAGAGCCGGACGCCGCUUCUGCCGCCGCCGCCGCCGCCGCCUCCGCUCCUGUCGCCUCCGGCUCCUCACACGCUCACGAACCGGGAGAAGGUGUUCUUUCGUCGGGCCCGGCGGGGAAAAUGGUGGAACCAGGGCAAGAUUUACUGCUUGCUGCCUUGAGCGAGAGUGGGAUUAGUCCAAAUGACCUCUUUGAUGUUGAUGGUGGAGAUGCUGGGCUUGCAACCCCUACUCCCCCUUCAGUUCAACAGUCAAUGCCACUUAGUGCAUUAGAACUAGGUUUGGAGACAGAAGCAGCAGUUCCUGUUAAACAAGAACCAGAGACGAUGUCUACGCCUGCACUGUUAAAUGUGAGGCAGCACCCUCCAUCCACGACAACGUUUGUGCUGAAUCAGAUAAAUCAACUUCCAACAUUGGGAUCUACAAUUGUAAUGACUAAGACACCACCUGCAACAACAAAUAGACAAACCAUCACCUUAACAAAGUUCAUCCAGACCACUGCGAACACACGCCCUUCUGUCUCAGCACCGGUAGUGCGGAACGCCAUACCCCCUGCUCCUUCAAAGGACCAGGUUCAGUUGAAGGAUUUACUUAAAAAUAAUAGUUUAAACGAACUCAUGAAAUUGAAGCCUCCUGCUAACAUUGCUCAGCCAGUUGCAACUGCAGCUACUGAUGUUAGUAAUGGUGCAGUAAAAAAAGAGUCUUCUAAUAAAGAAGUAGCAAGGAUAUGGAUAAAUGACAUGAAAAUGAGGAGUUUUUCUCCCACCAUGAAGGUUCCUGUUGUUAAAGAGGAAGAUGAACCAGAAGAAGAAGAUGAGGAAGAGAUGGGUCAUGCAGAGACCUAUGCAGAGUACAUGCCAAUAAAAUUAAAAGUUGGUCUGCGUCACCCUGAUGCAGUGGUGGAGACUAGCUCUUUGUCCAGUGUCACUCCUCCUGAUGUUUGGUACAAAACCUCCAUCUCUGAAGAGACCAUUGAUAAUGGCUGGCUCUCUGCGUUGCAGCUCGAGGCAGUUACCUAUGCGGCCCAGCAACAUGAAACAUUCCUCCCUAAUGGAGACCGUGCUGGCUUCUUAAUAGGCGAUGGUGCUGGUGUGGGCAAAGGCCGGACGAUAGCAGGGAUCAUAUAUGAAAAUUAUUUGUUGAGUAGAAAAAGAGCAUUGUGGUUUAGUGUAUCAAAUGACUUAAAAUAUGAUGCUGAAAGAGAUUUAAGGGAUAUUGGAGCAAAAAACAUUUUGGUCCAUUCAUUAAAUAAGUUUAAAUAUGGAAAAAUUUCUUCUAAACACAAUGGAAGUGUGAAAAAAGGUGUUAUUUUUGCUACCUAUUCUUCCCUUAUUGGUGAAAGCCAGUCUGGUGGUAAAUACAAGACCAGGUUAAAGCAGCUUCUGCAUUGGUGUGGUGACGACUUUGAUGGAGUGAUAGUGUUUGAUGAAUGUCACAAAGCAAAAAACUUAUGUCCUGUUGGAUCUUCAAAGCCAACCAAGACAGGCUUGGCUGUUUUAGAGCUUCAGAACAAAUUGCCAAAAGCCAGAGUUGUAUAUGCCAGUGCCACUGGUGCUUCUGAACCACGCAACAUGGCCUAUAUGAACCGUCUUGGAAUAUGGGGUGAGGGAACUCCAUUCAGGGAAUUCAGUGAUUUUAUCCAAGCAGUGGAGCGCAGAGGUGUUGGUGCCAUGGAAAUAGUUGCUAUGGAUAUGAAGCUUAGAGGAAUGUACAUUGCACGACAGCUGAGCUUUACUGGAGUGACCUUCAAAAUUGAGGAAGUUCUUCUUUCUCAGAGCUAUGUUAAAAUGUAUAACAAAGCAGUCAAGCUGUGGGUCAUCGCUAGAGAGCGAUUUCAGCAAGCUGCGGAUUUGAUUGAUGCUGAGCAGAGAAUGAAGAAAUCAAUGUGGGGUCAGUUCUGGUCUGCUCACCAGAGGUUUUUUAAGUACUUGUGCAUAGCAUCUAAAGUGAAAAGGGUAGUGCAGCUGGCCCGAGAAGAGAUCAAGAAUGGGAAGUGUGUUGUAAUUGGUCUACAGUCUACAGGAGAAGCUAGAACUUUAGAGGCCUUGGAAGAGGGUGGAGGAGAACUAAAUGAUUUUGUUUCAACUGCCAAAGGGGUAUUACAGUCACUCAUUGAAAAACACUUCCCUGCUCCAGACAGGAAGAAACUCUAUAGUUUGUUAGGAAUUGAUUUGACAGCUCCAAGUAACAACAGUUCACCGAGAGAUAGUCCUUGUAAAGAAAAUAAAGUGAAGAAGCGGAAAGGUGAAGAAAUAACACGAGAAGCCAAAAAAGCACGAAAAGUUGGUGGCCUUACUGGAAGCAGCUCUGACGACAGUGGAAGUGAGUCUGAUAUCUCUGACAAUGAAGAAAGCGACUACGAGAGCUCUAAAAACAUGAGCUCUGGUGAUGAUGACGAUUUCAAUCCCUUCCGAGAUGAGUCCAGUGAAGACAACGAAGACGAUCCUUGGUUAAUUAGGAAAGACCACAAGAAAAGCAAAGAUAAAAAAAAGAAGAAAAGUAUUGAUCCAGAUUCCAUUCAAAGUGCCUUGUUAGCAUCAGGUCUUGGGUCGAAGCGGCCUAGUUUCUCCUCUGCACCAGUUAUCUCUCCUGCUCCCAACAGUGCACCAGCCAACAGUAACACCAACAGUAAUAAUAGCCUUAUAACCAGUCAAGAUGCUGUUGAAAGGGCACAACAGAUGAAGAAGGACCUGCUUGAUAAACUAGAAAAAUUAGCUGAAGACCUCCCUCCUAACACCCUGGAUGAACUUAUUGAUGAGCUUGGUGGGCCCGAAAAUGUGGCAGAGAUGACUGGCCGCAAGGGUCGAGUGGUGAGCAAUGAUGAUGGAAGCAUAUCUUACGAGUCAAGGUCUGAGCUUGAUGUGCCUGUGGAAAUUCUAAACAUCACGGAGAAGCAGAGGUUUAUGGAUGGAGAUAAGAAUAUUGCUAUUAUCUCGGAAGCUGCCAGCUCAGGUAUUUCAUUACAAGCAGAUCGAAGAGCUAAAAAUCAAAGGCGAAGAGUUCACAUGACUUUGGAGUUACCCUGGAGUGCAGAUCGGGCAAUUCAGCAAUUCGGAAGAACGCACAGGUCAAACCAAGUGACUGCGCCAGAGUAUGUCUUUUUGAUUUCGGAACUGGCUGGAGAGCAGAGGUUUGCAUCUAUUGUUGCUAAGAGACUUGAGAGCUUGGGGGCACUUACACAUGGUGACAGAAGAGCAACAGAAUCUAGAGAUCUGAGCAGAUUCAACUUUGACAACAAGUAUGGAAGGAAUGCUUUAGAAAUUGUUAUGAAAUCCAUUGUAAAUUUGGAUUCUCCUAUGGUGUCACCACCUCCAGACUACCCUGGAGAAUUCUUUAAAGAUGUUCGCCAAGGACUGAUAGGAGUGGGCCUGAUAAACGUGGAAGAUCGCUCGGGAAUUCUUACUCUUGACAAAGACUAUAACAAUAUAGGAAAGUUUUUAAACAGAAUUCUGGGCAUGGAGGUGCAUCAGCAGAAUGCAUUGUUUCAGUAUUUUGCAGACACACUUACUGCAGUUGUUCAGAAUGCCAAGAAGAAUGGAAGAUAUGACAUGGGAAUACUAGAUUUGGGUUCCGGAGAUGAAAAGGUGAGGAAGAGUGAUGUUAAGAAGUUUCUGACUCCAGGAUACUCGACCUCUGGCCAUGUAGAGUUAUACACAAUUAGCGUGGAGAGGGGAAUGUCCUGGGAGGAAGCAACCAAGAUUUGGGCAGAGCUGACAGGACCAGACGAUGGCUUUUACUUAUCAUUGCAAAUAAGAAACAAUAAAAAAACUGCCAUCUUAGUUAAAGAAGUAAACCCUAAGAAGAAACUAUUUUUAAUUUACCGACCAAACACUGGGAAACAACUCAAAUUAGAAAUUUAUGCUGAUCUGAAAAAGAAAUACAAGAAGGUAGUUUCUGAUGAUGCCCUGGUUCACUGGCUGGAUCAGUAUAACUCCUCUGCAGACACCUGCACUCACGCAUACUGGCGUGGCAAUUGCAAAAAAGCAAGCUUAGGAUUGGUAUGUGAGAUAGGUCUCCGAUGCCGCACAUACUAUGUGUUAUGUGGCUCAGUGCUGAGCGUCUGGACAAAAGUGGAGGGUGUUCUGGCCUCUGUCAGUGGCACAAAUGUGAAAAUGCAGAUAGUGCGGCUAAGAACAGAAGAUGGACAACGGAUUGUAGGUUUGAUCAUUCCGGCAAAUUGCGUGUCUCCUCUUGUAAAUCUCCUGUCAACUUCAGACCAGUCUCAGCAGCUCGCAGUCCAACAAAAACAGCUGUGGCAGCAGCAUCACCCGCAGAGCAUCGCCAACUUGAGCAACGCAUAAAGAGCAGCGGCUUCCACGCGGUGUUAAAUGCUGUGAGAGCAUACCACUUGCAUAAAAAUCAGGGACAGUUUCCAAAGAAUUCUAUUUUUUUUUUUCCAGUUGUGCUCUCUAGUUAAUUUGGGGGGUUAAGGACAAACCUGGAAUAGGCAGCAAGACUGACAGCGAACAGAGCAGAGGGGACACAAGUCUUUCCUCUUGCUUCCUUGUGGCUGGCAGUGUGCUUUUACUUUGGGUGAGCAGAGCGGAUGUGUGUGUGUAUGUGUCUGUCUGUGAGUUUGUUAAAUGCUACAAGACCACAGUUGGUUAAAAAUGCUUGGAACUUCCCAAACUGGCUUUACUUUUCCUUUCUACAGUGCUCAGGGUUAACACAGUACAUCUUUGUCAUUACUGUGGGAGUUCCCCGGAUGCAUGUGUUUCAAGUCUCUAAAUACUGAAUAUAUAUAUUGGUUUCUUUUCCAACCUAAACAAUGUUUCCUACAGCAUGAAGUGAAGGGUUGUGUGCCAUGCAUUCAGGUUCUUUUGUAGCUUUUGUUGAUGGUGCAUGUCUUUGAAAGCAUGUAUAAUCAAGACUACCACAGAAGUCACAUGGAGAGCAGCAUUGGAGAUGUGCAGCUUUGGGUGUUGCAUUUAGUGUUGAUACCCGGGUGUUGCUUCUUACCCUCAGCCCUGCCCACUCCUCCCUGUCCCAAGUUUCUUGUCAAAGUAGUAAGUACAUAAUUUUUUUAUGAUAAAAUUCUUUAAAAGUUCUUUUUAUGUGUUAAUAGUAUUCCUAAUUUGUGCUGCAAAACUGGCUAUGAGCCUUUUUCAUAAGUUACAUUUUCCACAACUUCAAUAUAGUUUUAGGAAGAAGUAUGAUUGCCUUCCAUCUUGCAUACACUCUUUUUUACUUCAUUAUCUGAAUCUGCUUUGUCAUUCAAACCGGAAACCGUACUUGAGUUGUAAACUAGACAGUGAGAAAACACUUGGCUUCUGCUGUAUGUUGUUGUUGUUACUCAGUAACUUGAAUAUUGUUUAAUGUGCUGUAAGACAUUGUAGAGAUUAUUUCCAGCUGUUAAAAAUGGUAAUGUACAAAUGUGAAUAGACACUUAUCUAUAACAUGGGUAAGUUUUGUUUCGCCUAUAAUAGAUGUUUAUAAAAAAAAAAAACAGUGAGGGGACAAUUGGUCGUGUUUUUUUUUUUUUUCCUCCCAACCUCUUCUCCCCCAUUUUUUCUACCCUUUUUUUUUUUUGCUUGCACAGGUUGCACUAUUGAAAAAUUGAGAUUGUAUAAAUCUGGUUAAAAGCUACAAGAUACCAAAAUCUUGUAGAUGUUGAAUAAAAAAAAGUUAUUAUACUAACGAAGUGGACUCUUGUUUAGGCCCUCACUGGGGACUCCAGGCAUAGGAUAGCAGAGCUCUGUAAAACUUGGCGUGGCCUUAGCCUUCCAGGUAGCCUUAGAGUCUGACUGAGCACCCUCCUGAAGUCUGAGGCAAUCUAAAGGACGGGGUAAAUGAUGGUACUUUUGAAUGUUUUUCAAGUUGAAUUGUUCUCUUUGUGACUUUCUAAUCUUCUCAAAAAAUUGGGUGAGGUGUGUAUAGGGACAGAGACCUGAUGGAGUGCUUGGGACUCUUAUUCUCUCCAGUUUGUUUGGCUAAGUUUUUCGUAAUAUUGCUUUGGAUUUAUUUAUUCUUAGUGCCUCAAAGAACAAAUGGAGAAUGGUUUCUGUUCUUGGGCACAUUUUGCCCAGUGGAUGCAACUGUUAUCCUCAUUCCAUAUAUCUCAGGCAGUGAUCUCAUGAGCAUCAAGCAGUAGUUCCCCUUCAUGAUCUAGAACCGGCUGACCACUGAGAGUAGAAUUGUGUCCCCCUUUACAGAACCUCUGAGCUUUUAGUUUUUGAACUGGGGGAGCAUUCCACUUCCUUUGGCGUGUUAAGGUUAAAGACUGAAGAAGGGCUGCUUGACUUAACUUGCUUUCUCUGUGAGACCAAAUCACAGGGGAUAAGAAAGAUGCUGUGUCCUAGGCUGUGGAUGCCAGCCCCCUUGUUGUGUGUGUGGAUGUCUGAUUUGGCACAUCCUGGUUUAUAUGGUGCUUUCAAAGCAGCACCUGCAGGAUUUCUCUAGCCUGUGCAUACUGCACACUUCACCCAGGUCCAUGAGGCUGUGACACUUGUUCCUGGAGCAAAAUCUGUGUGUGUUCUCUUCAUCAUAGAACACCUCUUUGCAUUUCUGUUGUUCAAUAAGGAAAAGACCACAGAUUUUAGGCAUCCAAAAGCCCUUUUAAAGCAGACUUCAAAAGGCAAGUAGUGUGGCAGAACAGAAGCUGGUUAACCUUUGCCUCCUGUGGUGUGUUUGACACCUGGGAUUGGUGCCCAGCCCCUGUGGAGGGUAGAAUGUACUAACUGCACUCUGCCCCUACAGGAAAGCUCCAGUAUUCAAGGAUUUCUUGUUUCAAAAUCCAAGUCUUCUCAGCCACUGUCAGGUAAAGUAGGUUUCUGCAGGGUCUAAAUGCCAUGUCUGCACCAGGGCCUCACUUUACCCACUAUAAGUCAGCUGGCCUUUGAGAUGCCUUUUCUCCCAUGUGAGCAAUACAGACAGCUCUGAGCAGCAGACCCAAUUGUUGGUCCCGUCAGUGUUUUCAGAGUUUACAGUCCAUUGUGCUGAAAAUCACUCAUAGGUCCCAUGCUGCUCAGAUGCUUGCUAGGGAGGUCACGUUUCCCUCCCCUAGCAAGUUCUGUGCUGCAGGCUCAUCCUCUCUGUGGUCCAGCCAGAAAACUGUCAGUGGUGCUGUCAGUAAAGUAGUAAAAUUAUUUUGUAAAUGUGAGUUAGUCAAAAAGCUAGACGGGUUAAGCAGUUUUCUCCUUUUGCUACUAAAUUGCGUAUGUGCUUUCGGUGUCUUCUUUUUCUGUGUGUAGAGAUUAGUAAGAACUUGUAUCCAAAGCACUGUAGUAGCUAUAGGUGUGUACAUACGUGUAUUUAUUCUUACUCUGCACUUAAGAAACCUUUUUGAGUUGCAACAAGAAACCUUGUAAUUUGCUCUUGUCUAUGGAGAGAAAAGUUCUAGAUUACCAAACUCCAGAAAAAUUAAACAUUUUAGAGCCAUGGUUUUGGCUGUAGCCUCUGGGGCAUUUAUUUGCUGGUCGGUCUCUUUGCUGUGUUAUUAAAACAACUUCUGAGAAACCAGAGAAGGGGAAUGAGGACACACCGGUUAUAGUUUUGUCAUGUGAGCCUUCUCAUCCUGUCAUCUACUUCCCAUAUUAGCAUGAGGGCCACUCUGGCUUGCUUUUGAGAGCCAGUGGAGAGGUUCUCGUCCUGUGAGACACUACCCAGGAAUGUGGACCUUUGUGGGCUCUGGCACUUCCUAGGAAUAAUGUUCCAGAAAAGCUGCUGUUGGGCCAGGGUCCACAUACUAAAUUUUUAGUUAGUUGAGGCAUCCCCAUGGGAAAAGGAACUUUUGUGAUGGUAUGCUUGCUAAGGGUCCUUUCUGUGUGGGUGACUCUGGUGAAUACACACACACACCACACAGGUGCUUUGCACUCUAGUGCUGAAAUAACAAGCAUUCCAUGUCAUGGCUGUAGCUGAACAGCCAAAAACCAUUUGCAAGAAAAUCCCUCACGAGGCUAGCCAUCUAAAUCAAAUGAGUCCUGUAAGUAAAAGGAACAUGGAGAUGCAACUAGGUGGCAGUUUGUUCUGAGUGCCCACCCUCUAUUCUAUGCUGUACUUACAUAUGUACAUAGGAGUGUGUAAAGAAGUAUUAAGUUCUACAUUUCAAGUGUAAAUCUUGUAAAUUGGGGCCCCAUUCACUUGUUCUCAUCCUUUCCCUUCUAUUUAUUCUCUUCUGGACUCUCACAUGGGGCGUCUUAGUAUACUUUUUUUUCCACUGCUUACCUGAGUCAGUAGUUUUGUAUGUAAGAGUUCACCUUUGCCUCAGGAGGAGGAGUCUUGUUGCCCACAUCUCCAGCACACCUUGCUGUGCUGUCUUGGGAUUGGGAUGUACCUGAGCGACACUCCUGAUCCUGUCACCAUGUGACUGGUUAUGUUCAGCUUUGUCCUCUGGAAGCUGUAGUGAGCCUGAUGCUUUAAUAGUUGAGAAAAGGAAAGAAAGUAAAGCAAAUGCCUCCCUAGACUUCUCUUAAGCUCCUCUAACAUCUUCGUCUUCAGUCAGCCAAGAUGCAGCUCCUCAGGAGCCUGAACUCACUUAGCCUUCUUCAGUUGAGACCUGCUCCUACUGUCUGCCUUGCAUGUAGACAGUGCCUUGUGGCCUGGCUGCAUGCUCCCUGUGUAUAAGAAGUUGGAUUUCUUUGACCCCAUAGGUGAUGAUCAGAGAUUGACUUUACAACAAGCAUCGGUAAUUGUUUUUUAUACAAUUGGUCAAAUAUUUCUAGCAGGCAGGAGAUAAGCAAGGAAUACAACAGGUGACCUUAGGGAACAGUUGUUCAUUGGAUGACAACAGUCCUACUUUGGAAUUUGUAGUUAGCACAACCUUCAGCACACUAGGCAGGUUCAGUGCUGGUGUCUCACUCUUGGUUGGAUGAGCUGCAGGCAGGGCUGCUGAGCUCUGGGGGAUUGGUGUUGGGGCUGACAGCCCAGCAGGGCAGUGGAGAUGGUGCUGACCCUCGCCUGGAGCACAGGACUGGGGUUUAUUUACAGGCACACUCAAACAAUGUCCCUGUAAUUCUCAGGAAAGAUUUCAGUGAGCAUUUAGCUUUGAUAGACUUGAUGACACUUUGAAAGUUGUCUACAUUUGGCCGAGUCUUUGGAACUUAGUUGUUAUGAAUGAGGGUCUGUCACAGAUGGAUUGCUCCAGCAGAAAUUCCCUCCUCACUCCAUCUCCCUUCCUCUGGUGCCUGAGAUAUAAUUGACCUGUGCAGCAGCCACCUGCAGGGAUGUGGCAGGGCAGCAACAGGGCAGUUAACCGUGAGAUACACCCAUUUAGAGUGCAGAGCUAGAGGAGGUAGAGGCUACUUUUGUUCUUUGCACUUCAGGCUUCCUCAGGGCCGAGUCAGCAUGCUGGUCUUGUGGGGAGGUUUAGUCUGGCCUUUCUGAUUGUGGCCUCUAAUCCAGAUCCCACUGGGGGCCUUAUGAGCCCAUGCAGGUAGAUGCAGAGGACCUCGAUGCUGUUGCAGUGGCUGUGGCACUGAAGAGGCUAAAGAAGCUUGAGCCACUCCUGGCUCUGAUUUGUGGGACUGAGGGAGCUUGUUUGCUUGGUUUUUGUUCUGUUUUGUUUGUUUGUUUGUUUGUUUUCUAACGUAGCACAAAUACAGCCUCACCACUAACGAAAUCACCCUGUUCAUAGUUUUGCUGAAUUUGCAAACUACUCUUAGUGCUCUUCACUAACCACUCCUAUCAUCAACUGUGAUGGGUGGGAGAGGUGCACUGUGUCUCUGCAAUAAAACUUGUGCCAGGUUCUACCUCCUUGCGCAAAGGGUAUUUUCUACGUAGGCGCCGGUCUUCCUUCUUGAUCUGACACGGUGCAUCUGGAGACAUCUGAAGGAGUCCAAAGACCUUUUGAAACAAAGUCACAUGUGAACUCUAGGGUGGUUUCUGUUUUCUUCAGUUCCCUUUUGUAUUGCUGCUCUGCACAGAAUUGUCCUUCUGAACGAAGGGUACACACUGUUCCCAUGAUGCCACAUUGCUGCCUUCAGCCUCUCCUGGGAACCUGCUCCCGAGUGUCCAGAACUGAGUGCUGCCAUCAUAUUGAUAUGUAACUUUCAAGUUCAGUCUCAUGCAAUACAAGUGUGUCAGCUUCACUGAGCAGGAUUCAUGUGCCCUCAAGUAGAAACGCUUGAUCCUCACACAGAAAGUACUCUGUAUUUAGGUUUUUGUUGUGGUUUGUUUUUUCAUUUUUGUUUGGAUUUUGUUUCUGUUUUUGUAAAAUUCUUAAAUAAAAUUAAAGAAUUAAAUACA